GAAUCCUCGCGUGAUUUCAGCUCUCCGGAAGUGGGAAUGGCAUGAGAAAGAGAGCUGUCCGAGGUGCUGACACUGUGAGUAGUGCUUACUCUGCCUCAGACCAUACCGAAUUUGGGAAAAUGGAUGAAAAUCAAGAGUCAUCCUCUUGUAUCACCAACGCCCACAACUCCAGCAACAGCCCUCCCAGUAGUGAACCUGGCAGCGCUCCACAAUGCAACGGGGUCCCAGAGCACCGGACCCUGCUGCGGGUGUCUGAGUCCCAUGGACUGCAGCUUCUGGGCGUGCUCAGAUCCUUGAGGGAGCGAGGUUUGCUGUUUGACUUCACCAUUAAGGUCCAGGAACGCAGUUUUCUUUGUCAUCGUUGUGUUCUUGCUGCAUGCAGUGAUUUCUUCAGGGCUAUGUUCGAGGUGGACAUGCGAGAGCGUGGUGAUGGUUCCGUGACUCUGGGUAACCUGUGUCCGGUGGCAGUGGGUUCUUUCUUGGACUUUGCCUACUCUGGAGAGGCACUCAUCACUGAGAGCAAUGUAGACAUGCUGUACCAGCUUGCCUCCUUUCUGCAGGUAUCAGUCCUGUCCAAAGCAUGCAGUGACUUCCUGAUAGGAACCAUGGAUCUUUGUAACUGUCUGUCCCUCUUGUCCGUCGCUGAGGGCUACGGCUCGGCCUCCCUCCUCAAAAGUGCCAAUGAGUUUGUGUUUCAGAACUUCUCUGAACUUUCCAAAACCCAGGACUUUCUGGAUAUGCAGGUAAAUGUGUUGGAGGCAUGCCUAAAGUGUGACGUUUUAAACAUGCCCAGUGAGGAGGCGGUGGUUAUGUCACUUCUUAGAUGGAUACGGCACGAUCUCCCAGGAAGGCAGAAGUUGUUGCCAGGAUUGUUGUCUCUAACCAGACUGCACCAUCUACCUGCAUCUGCACUAAAGAGUCUUCAUGAUUCAGACACUCUGAUCUGUGACGAUGAGUCCUGUCUCGUCCUUCUGUCAGAGGCCCAGAGCAGACAGACUCAGUACAACGGCCUCCUCACCGAUGCCAGGCCAGCAACUGCGCAGAGCUACAUCUACAUCCACAAGACGGAGGAGAACGGAGAGAUCCGCCACACCUUCUGCUACUGUCUAGAAACAGACCAGUGGAAAGAGUUAGAAACGGGGAAUGGGGAGGGGACAACCACAUUGCCAGACCCACCGGGAUCAUACCUGACCGGCUAUGCUGAGAAGAUGUUUGUAACAGGUGGCUGUCGUGGAAACUGUUGCCGGGCAAUACGUCUCCAUGUGGCAGAACCGUUUCACGAUGCCACCGAUGAGGUUUGGUGCUUCUGUCCUGUGACCCUAACCUGCACACCUGCACCAGUCAUGCUGAAGCCCCGUACCAUGCAUACAGCUGUGACCUGCCUGGACCGAGUGUAUGUCAUCGGGGGACGGACCAAGGGAUCCAGAGGGGGGGCUCCCAGUCUGCUGGAGGUGGAAUAUUAUAACCCUCUGAACCAGACCUGGUCUUCAGUAAGCCCACUGCCCACAGCCAUCUUCUAUCCUGAGGCCAGUGCUUGUGGCAGCGUUAUCUAUACUCUUGGAUCAGAGGUGGAAAUCACAGACUCCUUCAACCCCUCACUGGACUGCUUCUUCAGCUAUGACGCCCAGCAGGACCAGUGGAGCCGUCUGGUGGCAGAGUUUGGCCAGUUCUUCCACGCGACACUGGUCAAGGCAGUGUCAAUUCAUCAUACACUCCACCUCUGUGACCUGUCCACUUAUAAGGUCUAUAGUUUUUGUCCAGAGACCUGCGUGUGGAAGGGUCAAGGGUCAUUUGAGUGUGCAGGGUUCAAUGCUGGAGCAGUUGGUAUGAGAGACAGAAUCUACAUCCUGGGUGGAGAUUAUUCCCCUGACGAGAUCACUGAUGAAGUUCAGGUGUACUACAGUGGGAGAAGUCAAUGGGAGGAAGUGGCGCCCAUGCCCAGAGCGCUCACUGAGUUCCACUGCCAACUCGUCAGCUUCAACAGAUACAGAGACCCGUGGGGUGACACAGCAUGAUACGCAGCAGACACACAACCAUGCACAACCACGCACCAAACAUGGGAGUGGAUGUACAUGUGUGUUACAUGAUGUAAGCAACUACCCAUGAUGAGUCUCCCUUGCCUUUCAAACCUGUGCGCAUGAUGGACAAAGCUAACACCUCAAGAGAGAAUGACAAUCAAGAGUUUGUCUUCAACUAACAACCACAUCUCCUCUUACAGAUCAUCAUAACAUGAGAGCACCUGAGCCAAAUGAUUUAUUUAUUUUUUUAUUUGAAUGAAUUGAUCCUUAAAAUUGUAUUUGUGAAACACCUGCCGUCAUAGGCUCUUUGUUGUGUCAAUCUAAAUAUGGUCCCUCCCAUGGAGGAACCCUAUUGAGCAGAAGACUAUUUUAGAAAUCCUAUUUUAGUACAUGAAUAUUUUUCUUGUCUGUUUAAUAUGUUUCAAAUGGAGAAUCCACUCAAAGAAGAACUCACGGUAUCUGUAAAUUUAUCAGCUCUCUUACAGAUAGAAGACAGAAAAGAAGACUUUAUUAUGUAAUACCUUUGAGGCCCCAUUUACAGCCCAAAGAAUUCAGCCUCCUUGACUUUUUUCCAAAUUUGGUGAUUUUGCAGCCUGAAUGGAUUAGAUUAUUUUUGUUAUGGCACCAGUGCACAAAAUAUGGUAUCAGCCACAAGGGUCCCUGUAGGCACUUUGCCAUGUAAGAAAAACUCAUGAUAUGAAUGUAUAGUGGACUAUUUGGAAGGCCUUUCAACUAAAUGUGCUAUAUCUGAUUUUAUUUGAUAGCAAAGAUUAGAAAAGACACUUUAUUUUGUAAUAUUUUCAGAAAUUGGCCCUAUAUCUGGGCUUUUCCAUAUUAUUUUCCUGAUUGCCCUCUCUUAAUUCUGUUUUUCUAGCUGAUAGAGAGCUGCUCAUGUAUAUUACACAAUUUACAAUUCAGCUAAAAUGGUUUCAUGGCAAUACUGUGUAAAUUAUCUAGAUGGAUUUCCACUUGCCUUUGUUCUCUUUCAGACUGUCAUGUAUACAUGCAUGCCCUGUUUACUCUCACAUGCUAGACUACAUAUGGCAUUUCUGCAUCUGACCAAUAGCUAAAUCACCUGAGCUUCUUCAGUAAAUGCUUGUUUGAUGCAAAUGUGCAGCUUUAUCUGUACCUGCCUAUCAUAGAGAAACACUGUAGCUUCAAAGCAUGCAAUAACUUAAA